GAGGGGUGCCACGCCGCGCUCCUCCCCCGCGGCGCCCCUCCCCCCCGCGGGCGCGGCCCCGGCGCGGCGCCACCGGGCCCGCGGCCCGAUGCAGGCGGACGAGCUGCGGGCGCCACUGCGGGCGCGGCUGCGGGCCGCGCCGCCGUGGCGAGGCCCGGAGCCGGACGAGGAGCGCUUCCACCUGGUGCCCCGCGUCGGGUGGAACCAGUGCCUGCGGGGCCUGCGCUGCGGUGCCAGGACGAACACGCUGACCUGGCGCGGGCACGGCGCGCCGCCCGCGCCGCCGGCGGGGCCCGCGUGCCUGCUGCUGCCCGCGAGCGACGCGGCGGCAGUGGAGAUCGCCCGCCAGCAGGACGGCCUCCGGGCGCUGGGCUGGAGGGUCGUCAGCUCCUCGCCGGAGACGAUCUCUCGCCUGGGGGACAAGGCGCGGCUGCGGGGGCUUGCCGAGGAGCUCGGGCUGCUGGCGUUCCUGCCCGUGCACUACGCGUCGCCAGGGGAGGCCGAGUACCCCUGCAUACUCAAGUCUGCGUCUGGCGAGUUCGGCAAGGACUGCCACAUCUCGGCGGGCCCGCCGAGGCGGACCGGCGGCUCGGCGGUCCCCUGACGCCCGCGUGGGUGCUGCAGGAGCUGGUCACGGGCCGCAUCGAGCACUCGACAGACCCCGGGGGGGACGGCCAGCGAGGGGCGGCGGCGGCCAAGCGACCGAGAUCCUGGCGUCUCAGUUUUUUCUUUGUUUGAGCCGGGCGUUCUCGCCCAGACUCGGACCAUCCCGGGACCUUCAUCGCAGAUCCGUCGGGCUCGGAGAACGGGGCAGAAGGAUGGAGGCUAGGGCUGCAGUCGUCAUUUUUCAU